GCAUCCAGGAGCAUCUGGAACCAACACUUCAAAUCUACUGUCAUCAGGAGAUUAAGCAACAACAGACAUGACUGGAGCUGCUGUGUCCGCCUGCCUACUUUUUCUCUUUUCUGUAUGUUCAGCGUGUUAUAUCUCUAACUGUCCUAUCGGUGGGAAGAGGUCCAUCAUGGACGCACCGCUGCGCAAGUGCAUGUCCUGUGGCCCUGGAGACAGGGGCCGCUGCUUCGGCCCCAGUAUCUGCUGCGGGGAGGGCCUCGGCUGUCUGCUGGGCUCCCCGGAAACAGCUCACUGUGUGGAAGAGAACUACCUGCUCACCCCCUGCCAGGCAGGAGGGAGACCCUGUGGAUCUGAGGGAGGACGCUGCGCUGCUUCAGGACUCUGCUGUGAUGCAGAGAGCUGCACCACAGACCAAUCCUGCCUCAUCGAGGAGGAGGGAGACGACCAAAGCAGCCAAUUCGAGGGCAGCGACCCCAGUGACAUCAUCCUCAGGCUCCUGCAUCUGGCCGGUCAUACUACUCCUCAUCGAGUUCACCAAUGAGCUGCUCCUGAAGCCGAGAUCUCAUGGGAAACUCUUCAUCCGACGAGCCGACAUGGGACUUGUAGUUGUAGUUCAUAUAGUUGUAUU